CACCUUACCUCCCGCCUGCGGCCCCAAGGGCGGGGAGAGCGGCGGCGGGCCCGAGCGGGGAGGGGCGAGCCCGGAGACCCCGGCCUCGGGCGCCUUCACGCAGUCUCAGAGCGCAUAAUGCUGUGAGCAGGCGCCGCGCCGGCCUACCCGGCAGCAUCCGCGCGUGGCGGGCAGGGUGUUCGUGAGCCUUCGGGAGGUGUCGGUGCCGAACGCCUGGCCCUCGGGUCAGCGGCUAGGAUCCUUGGCGCCGCUGGUUUCUCCGUGCUGUGGAAGGGAUUGGCGGAUGUAACCGGCUCUCCAGAAAGCCCUGCUUGGCUGUAAGUCCAGGAAGGCCUCUUAGACCUCUGUCUCAUUUCAAAGCCACUUCUGAAGCUACUUGAGGAAAAUGAUGUGACAGUUCCUAUCAAAAAAGGAUAUUGGGAAACACAUAACAUCCGUGAAGAAAGUGGCCCUUUUUCCCUCUUGCGAAAUCAACAUUCUCAAACUCCAAAAUGCCAGCCAAGACCCCAAUUUACCUGAAAGCUGCCAAUAACAAAAAAGGAAAGAAAUUUAAACUGAGGGAUAUCUUGUCUCCCGAUAUGAUCAGUCCUCCCCUUGGAGACUUCCGCCACACCAUUCACAUCGGCAAGGAAGGCCAGCAUGAUGUCUUUGGAGACAUUUCCUUUCUUCAAGGCAACUAUGAGCUUCUACCUGGAAACCAGGAGAAAGCACACAUGGGCCAGUUCCCUGGGCAUAAUGAGUUCUUCCAGGCCAACGGCACCUCCGACUCCAUGUUCACAGAAAUGCCCUCCCCGGUGCUUAAAAACGCCAUCUCCCUCCCGACCAUCGGAGGGUCCCAAGCACUCAUGUUGCCCUUAUUGCCACCGGUGACAUUCAGUUCCAAACAGGGGUCCUUUGGGCCGGGAAAGCUUCCCCGGCUUAGCUGUGAGCCUGUCAUGGAGGAGAAGCCUCCAGAGAAAAGCAGUCUGUUGGAGAACAGAACAGUCCACCAGGGGGACAUCUCUUGGGGGCCCAGUGGGUCCACAUCCCAGUCCAGCCAGGGCAGGGACAGCCACUCCAACCUCUCCGAACAGUACCCCGACUGCGCAGCCGAGGACAUGUUUGACCAUCCUGCCCCGUGCGAGCUUGUCAAGGAAAAGACUAAAUCAGAGGAGUCCCUCUCUGAUCUCACGGGUUCCCUCCUCUCCCUGCAGCUCGAUCUUGGGCCCUCAUUUCUGGAUGAGGUGCUGAAUGUCAUGGACAAAAGUAAGUAACAGGACACUGUCGGCUCUCUUCCUUUGGGGUAAGAGGUAUCAAAAAACAGAACAAAACAAAACUAACCACAGUCAGAAGAGCCUCGCUGGCUAUAUUUGCUGUCAUGUGAUGGGUUUUCUAAAAUAACAUUCCUACAAAAUAUUUUUUUACCUGCUAUGCCCUGUUUGCAAAAACAGUUUAAAAAAAAAACAACCUUUCCUGGCAAAGGGAGGAAGUGAGUCAGAACCCAUUUUCGGCGGGCAUUGCUGAUGUACAGCUCAUGUUUUUUGUUUCCAGACACGUAAGAGAUCUGGCUUGGCCGGGACUAGCACUACUUAGCUAUGAAGGUCUGUGCCAGCCACAUUAAGGACCUUUACAGUACUCUGGCAUUUUCUGAGCAAGAGGAAGUCAAAAUUUAUUUAACGCCCGCGUCUUUUUUUCUAGACUCUUUUCAAUAUUAUAUUGUUGGGCUUACCACAGCAAAUUCUUCAGUGUUAAAACUUUUCUCUGUUUUCACAUUUGAACAACUUUAUUGGUUUCGGGGAUUUGCUUGUAGCUCAUAUAUCUCUAAAUAUUAUAUCUAUAUUGCGAAGUUUUGACUGUCAGCUACAUGUUGGUAAGACACAAGCAAAGUAUUACUGUAACUAAGUUAUUUUUAAAGUUAAAAUAUAUUUUUAUGUGCCUGGCUUUUUAUUGCAGAGUCUACAUUUUAUAGAUACUACAUCAUAUGUGGUCAUUUGACUUUUUCCCUUGGGGUUCCAUUGUAAGCUGUGUAUGUGUAUGUUUGGAAAAGUGUAUUCAUACUCAUUUUUUUUUCUUCUUCUUCUUCAUCUGUCGUCAUACUUUUCACAGCAGCCAACAAUGGAUUGUAAAGUGUAAAGGCACAGAUUACUCACAAUGCUUCUGCAGAGACUGUGGGCUACACCACAUAAUGUUAUUUGGAAAUAUGGGUAUUUUAGUACAGUACAUACUUGCAUUACAUAGGUACUUCAUACAACAUAAUAAAGUCAAUGUUAAAA